AUGAGAAGAAGAGUUGACAAACACGGCUGCAUCAAAAACAAAGAAACGAAAAUGUUGAAAACGGCGAUGGUACAAAUCAUAUGCAACAAUAACAACAGGGUGAGAAACAACACUCCAUUCACAGAAAGUGAUGGUAAAUAA